CUAACUGUGUGUGUUUGACCAUCCAAGGAGACCCGCAGUGUUCGCCUUCGGGAAAAUUGCAUCUCAGUAUAUAUAUAUAUAUAUCGGUCCAAACGGGAGUUUUAACCCUUCUUUACUUCUAAAGGUGGACAGUGGAGCUGCAGCCCUGCAUUCGAAACAGGAAAGCGAAUAUUUCACCAUGAACUCAGACGUGGAUGGUGAUGCUGAAAACCAGGUGGAGCAGGAGGAAAAGACGCGGCUUAUUAAUCAGGUCCUGGAGCUCCAGCAUACCCUGGAAGAUCUGUCCGCGCGUGUGGAUGCGGUGAAGGAAGAAAACCUGAAGCUCAAAUCUGAAAACCAGGUCCUCGGACAGUACAUUGAAAACCUCAUGUCUGCAUCCAGUGUCUUCCAGACAACUGACACAAAAAGCAAACGGAAGUAAGGGAGUGAUCCCUUCCUACCUUUAACAUAAUUUACAUUGUUUAUAUUCUUUUCCUGUCAUUAAAAUGCACAUUAAGCUUUAUUCAGAAGCCUUUUUUUAAAGAUUGUUUCAGUUUAUUAUUAUUAUUGUUUUAACCCCUAAGUUUAACACGCACCCUUUACUGUACAGGUAAGGAAAUCCCAAAGAUACACAAGUAGCCCUUUUGCUCAUUGUGAACAUGUUUCUCCCCCAACAUGUGUGCACAUUUUUUAGGACAACUUUUUAUCUUCCAUCUGGAAACAGCACAGGUUUUACACAGGGAUAGUUUUGGGGAGGUUGAUGGGAUUUCCAAAAUGAAUAAUGUGACUGUUUGGACAGGGAUUUUAAAAAAUCAGGCUUUGAGUUUGCUGUUCAUCAUGAGCUCUUUAAAUUGUUAUAUUAAAUUGUGUGUGAAAAGACGAAGAUGUGAAGUAAUGAACAUGCUACAAGUGCCACCUAUUUUUUAACAUUUUGAAUGAAUUUUGGCUUUUUUGGAAGAAUGCUUUAGUAAUGCAUUCCAGAUACAUUAUCAGUAUUAACAAGUAUUAAAAACUGAGUUCUGUUUUUAAGGCCAGUCAUUUCCCAGUUUAGCUGAAUUUGGUUUGUGAAGUGGUAUUUGUGAAAUGAGUGUAUAUGGGGGAAAUCUCACUUUUAGCACAGAGCACCCUGGGAUGUGUAGUUCUAGAGCAGCUUUUAACAUCAAAGGCUCUUGGUGCAAUUACUACACCUCCCAUAAUGCAAAGUGUCAAAAGUAACAUUUUGGGUCAUUCCCACUAUUUUUUUUAUUUUUUUAUUUAAUCAUUGGGACCUUCUUUAAAACAUUCAGAGUUUUAAAAGGAGACUCCAUGUAUCGCUUAUCUGUCAUUACAAGCUAGGUGGUCUGUCAGCAACUUUAGUGUUCUGAUAAAGUUCAGUUCUACUUAAGAAACAAACAAAACAAACAAAAAAAAAAAAAAAACAUGCAAUGUGUCUUUUUUAUGAUAAAGAAAAUGACAAAUACUGAAAUGGAAAAAUCACUGGUUUUAUUAUUUUUUAUUUAAAACAGUACAAAGUCUGGGCUGCUAUUAAAAUUUGAGCUAUACAGUCACUUUCACUACAGUAGAUUUUUAAACAGUAGAUUUUAAAAUCAUGUCUUUUUACUGUUUCAGAACACUAAUAGUGAAAUAUUUCCACAGCUUUAAAAGGUUAAUUUGUUGAAUUAGUUUUUUUAAUUUAAUAAAUGUGCUAUGAACAUGUAACCUGUGCUCACACAUUCAGAGAGAUUGUUGCCUUGUGUGUAGAUUGUAUACAUUGUAUUACUGUGUUGCCUUUUGGAGUUUUGUUUAAUAAAUUAAUUUUGUUUUGCUUUU